UCGGUGUAAACGAUAGCUACGAUAGGGGAAGGUGGGCACAGAAGGUGGAGAGAGAGUAGGUGGCAAGAGAGAAAAUGCAAGGGUAGGACGCAGCUCGCAGGAGCAGUAAUAUCGAUCGAUGUCGAGUUCGUGGCUCGACAGGGUCGACUGGGGGUGCUGCAAGUAGAAAAGCUCUCCCAUAAGCAGGCAGGCUGGCUGGCUGGCUGGCUGCCCGGGCACGGACCGUUUCCACUGUCUGUCUGUCUGUCUGUCCGUCCGUCCGUCCGUCUUGUCUCGUCUCAUUUCGCCUCGCCUCGUCACGUCUCGCCGCGUCUCCUAGUCUAGCCUCUUACUCCUCCACCUUUGCCUCUCUUCGCGUUAUACGUUCUCUUCUUCUCUUCGCAUAUUUUCCCACUUCUUUUUCUUUUUCUUUUCUUUCCUCCUCCUCCUCCUCCUCCUCCUCCCUCCUCCCCCUCCCUCACCCUUUUCUUUUCCACUCUCCGUGCGCCGCAUGAUCCCUCGUGUCUCUCGGCUCCCGUGGUUCUUCCGACCGUCUCGGUGUCUCCGGUUCCACGACAUACGAUAAUGUAGCGUAACAACGAUGCAUAAUAAUUGGUGCGACAAGGGAUAAAGGAGGCUAACCAUCCACCGAUCCGAGUGUGUUGAUCCGAGUGUGCCGUGGACGUACGCCUGGUACGCUUCGUAGCUGUGACCUUGAGAACCAGUGACAGUGCGUGUCUCUGACCUUGGCUCCGCCAAGUUCUCCGAUGGCAGCGCGAGCACAGCUGCCAGACGCGACGACAGCUGAUCGACCAUCGGCCAAGUGGAUCCCCAGUGGAAGAUGUGCACGGAUCGGGUUGCGUCACCGUGAAUAAUCAGAAGAGAGACAGAGGGACGAAGAUACGGAGAAUGAGCAUCGAGGAGAAAAGUUCGAGCAGAAAAUUGAUAGAAACGGGAGCCACAAAGGCUCGCCGGUCGAACGAAGUCGUAUAUUAACAAUGGACACCGAUAUAUCGAGAACAGAUGCGCCAACACGAAUUGUCAGACAUUCGCAGAGCAUGAAGAGGAGAAGAUUCGUCUGACUUCUUAGAUACGUUCGGUGCCAGUUUGGAGAAUGGAGGAGUCCUCACCAAGGAUUCGUCCCUAUCUGGAUUGCUGGGACCAGAACGAAGACAAGUACUCGGUGGCGAACAGCCAAGCGCCGUUGCAGGCCGGCGAGGACGAACAUCCGGAACGUGGUACAUGGACGGGGAAAUUCGACUUCCUGUUGUCUCUUUUGGGAUACAGCGUCGGCCUUGGCAAUGUGUGGCGGUUUCCGUAUCUCUGCUACUCAAAUGGAGGGGGCGCUUUUCUAAUACCGUUCACAGUGAUGCUCAUUAUCGCGGGACUGCCUCUGAUGUUCAUGGAGCUUUCCUUAGGGCAGUACGCGAGCCUUGGCCCAGUGGCAGCUUACAAACGCUUCUGCCCCCUUCUGCGCGGCUUGGGAUACGGAAUGGUGUUGGUCAGUUCUGUGGUGAUGCUCUAUUACAACUUGAUCAUCGCCUGGACUCUUUAUUACAUAUUUGUCUCCGUGGCCGGAGCUGGUAAACUGCCUUGGAGCAAGUGCGAACCAGCAUGGAGUACCGAAGACUGCUUCAUGCCAGAAGCUGCCGAGGCGUGCGCGUCUCAAAACAUGAGUUAUUUCAAAGGGAAAUGCUUAAAUUCCACCCAGAUGGCCUCCAUGGGCCUGACUCUCGAAAAUAUCACUAGUGCCAUUAGAAGACCACCGGCUGAGGAAUAUUUUAACAAUCACGUGUUGGGGAUGAGUAGCGGUAUAGAGGAGACAGGAGCCAUUCGACCCUCGAUGGCGGUGAAUCUUUUACUAGCUUGGAUCAUUGUCUUCCUUUGCCUGAGCAAAGGUGUUCAAAGCUCGGGAAAGGUUGUCUAUUUCACUGCUCUCUUCCCAUACGUUGUUCUGAUCGCUCUUUUCAUUCGUGGAAUUUUGCUUCCUGGCGCCAACGAGGGCAUUCUCUUUUACUUGACACCCGAUUGGAAAAGGCUAAUGUCCGCGAAAGUGUGGGGCGAUGCCGCUGUGCAGAUAUUCUUCGCCUUGAGCCCUGCUUGGGGCGGUCUGAUAACGCUCAGCUCCUACAACAAAUUCACCAACAAUUGCUACAAGGAUUCGUUAAUCGUCGCCGUCAGCAACAUCGGCACGUCUUUUUUCGCUGGCUUCGUAAUUUUCUCUGUGAUCGGUUUCCUCGCUCACGAGCUUGCGGUUCCGGUCGCGUCCGUGGUCGACCAGGGUGCUGGAUUAGCGUUCAUAGUGUAUCCCGAGGUAGUAGCACGUUUACCAGUCGCACCAGUUUGGUCGCUGCUCUUUUUCGUGAUGCUCCUCACCUUGGGUCUUGACUCUCAAUUCGCUUUGAUGGAAACUGUCACCACAGCAAUUCUCGAUGCCUUUCCAGCAUUAAGAAACUACAAAUUGUGGGUUGUCUUGGCGGCAGCCGUGUUCGGUUACGCUGGUGGAAUUAUUUUUACUACUAAUGCCGGCAUGUAUUGGCUGCAAUUAAUGGACAAAUACGCAGCGAAUUGGUCGGUUUUAUUAAUAGCCAUCGGUGAGUGCAUCUUGGUCGCCUGGAUUUACGGCGCGGAUCGAUUUCUCGACGAUGUACAGCAAAUGAUCGGACCUCGUAGCCGUCUCUGGAGAUUUUUCUGGACCUGGAUGUGGAAAGUGAUUACACCAGCUACUCUUUUCUUCAUCCUCUUCUUCAACUGGGUCGAAUACGAGCCCCUCAAAUACGGUGUCUACGUUUAUCCAAAAUGGGCGGACAUUGUCGGAUGGGUCGUUGGUAUGAUACCAGUUUUGGUCAUCGUUGGCUUGGCUCUCAAUCAAUUGAGGGAUCGUCGUCGACGUUCCGCCUACGACGACGACGACGACGACGACGACGACCUGGACAAUAGGCCAUCGUACCAGAGGCCUGGCAAAGGUAAAACGAAGAAGAGCAACGGGAAGAACGUGUGGUGGCGCGCCAAGAUGCUUUUACAGCCUACUUCCGAUUGGGGUCCAGCGAGCAGGAAUCCUUCCACUCCGUCGAGAACGCUCACUCACACGCCAUCACCAGGGCCACCAGGAGGAUAUAAUUCCGUCAGAGACACCAUAGUCUUGGUGAACGGUCAACCAAUGAUGGUGCAACCCUCGAGCACAUCCGGGACCGCUCAAAAACUUCCUGGGCCAUCGAUCCUCAAGAAUUCUAGUAAAACCGACUUGAUCACAUCCCAACAAGUCUGACACGAUGUUCAUUUUAUCUCUAAAGACGAGUCUGCCCAGACCUCUAUUGCCAAAGACACAACACGCCAAUAACAGGUAGUUGCAUAUCGCGGAUAGGAUAACAAAAUCGAUGGAUCGAUCGGGUGGCGGUUAAACGACAUUGAAUGACGUUGAAUAUUCCAAUAGAAGAAGAAGACGAAAAAAAAAGAUUCCUAUGAAUUUAUUUUUUUAAGAUGGGAAUAGUUAGUGUAUUUUUUGAUAUAAUCGAAUCUCUCACUGUCGUGUAUUACAUUGUAAUUUUGAAUUCCAACAGAACUUAUCAUAUUCGUUAUUACAUGUAACGAUUUCAAAUAUCUCUCUCGUUACGUUUGUAAUUUGUUAAUUUAAAUUUUUACAAAUGCGUAUAUUCUUUCAUCAUAUAAAUAUAUUUGAUAUCCUUGUUCUUUGCUUUUGUAGUUACGAUAUAUAUAUAUAUAUACAUAGACUGGUAUAAUUAAGGAUAAAUUAAAAUUGUUGUUAUCCUUUAAUAUUAGCAAAAUAAUAUUAAUUUCGUUAUUAUAAAAUAGUAGAUAGAUCAUUAGCGAUUCGUGAAAAUGGAUGAUGAACUGGGGAGGAAAAGAAAAAGAAAUCAAAACUAUCGAUCGAGGAGAAAAGAAUCGUGAAGAAUACGCAAGACGCUCCAAAAUAUAAGAAAACGCGCUGCGAUAUUAUAAAAAUCAUAUAGGAAAAAUUAAACGCUACUCCACUGCUUUCGAUUGUACAUAAGAGUAGAAUGGAUAGGGAGGGGGAGAUGGAGAAAAGUGAAGUGAGCGUAAAGCGGAGGGAAAUUUAAUUUAAUCUAACGAAGAAAGUUAUUUAUUGCUUAUCCACGUCGAAGCGAAUAUACAAUUCAAUUAAAGAUAAAUUAGACGCGAAACGAACGAUUUUCCCUUAUUUGGGCGAUCGAUCACCGAACGAUUGUAUUGCUUCUGUGUAAGGUAAUCUUAUCUAAGAUAACGUUAACUUGCAUAGCGGAUCAAUUUAGAGAUUUCGGCGCGAGAUUUAGGCGUGUUCGAUUUAGCGGUCAUCGUAAUCGUGGGAUUCGCGAUCCGAAUCCCUCCUCGUCGCGAUUUUACAUGUAACUGCAACUCUCGUAUCGUUCAGGCUGAAUUUUUCAUUGGACAUAACCGCUGGACAAUUUUUGUCGUCAGAUAUAUACAUAUAUAUAUAUAUAUACACAAUAUAAUGGAAUAUGUACAUAUACUCGUUGUUAAUCGCCAUAUUUCGUUUCUUUUGUAAAGCACGUUUCUAGUUAAGGCGAGUGUUUGGUACUUUUUUCGAUGUUGACUCGCGAAAUGUUUCUAUACUAGGUAUAUCGAGUGAAUAAGGAAAAAAUUGUCCAGCAAUUGAAAGAUUCUAAAAAGGGGAAAUUAAAGGAGGAAAUUAGAGUGGAAAGGGAGGGGAUGGGGAACGAUAAUGCGGUCUUGAAGACAGGCAUGAAUCUUCUUAAAAUGGGGGAUGAUUAGCGCUAUCCUUCUUUCUGCGUUCACUCGUCCAUGUCCUCCAAACGAGUGAUUGUAAUAAUCUUUAGGGAUUGUAAAAAUAUUUUUGUUAAGACUUGUAGCGAUAGUAUAUUUUUAUCGUUUUUUUAAUCCUUUCAGCGUUGACAUAUCGAAGUAGUAUGGAGAGAUCGAAUGAAAUUGAAACGAUUUUUGGAAAUUUAAAUUUUACGCGAGAGAAAUUUUUUUUAUUCAUCAUCAAUUAAUUUUAAGAUGAUUUUUCGGCCAGUAUUUUUUUAUUAUAUUAAUUAAUUAAUAUUGAAAUUAUCGAAUUAUAAUUUGUAUCUAGUUAAAUAUGUUAACUUAACAAAGUAUAAUAUUAAUUUUGUAAAAAAUAACAGAAAAACAAUUUAAAAUUCAUCAUAAAAUGAAAUUUUUUGGAAAUUUUAUUUUUAUCAAUUUUAUUUAUAUUAUGUAAAUAUGAUAUUCUAAUUAACUGAUUUUAAACUAAACUAGUAAGAUUGAGAAACUUUUUACGACAAGUCAAUAAAAAUAUGUUUCAACGCUUAAAGGGUUAAAUUGUUGAGCGUCAGAAGAAUAUAUAUAUAUAUAUAUGUUCAACGAUAGAAUGGAGAACGUAUCGAAAGAAUUUAUGGAAGAUCAAAGAGCGAAUUUAAAUGGACGAAAUAUAAUUACGACGUGUAAAGAUCUUAAUAACAUGAUGUAAAUUAUAUUAUUCAAUAUUAUUUCAGAUUCUAGGUAACAAUAUUACAGAUCAAUUUUUACUCUACGAUAAUAUAUAGAUUCCAUAGAAUGUAGGUAGACAUCAAUAUCGAAUUAUGCUAAAAUUAUGCUAAAAAUAAUAAUAAAUAUUUGAUAAUAUACAUACUGUAUUAAACGUAUAUUAUUUUUUCAAUUAAUGUGGGCAGAGGCUAUUUUAAGCACAAGAAUCAAGGGGAUGAAAUUAGUUUAAUUCUGUGGUAUAUAAUAUAAAUUAAGCUAUGAUGUAUAGAAAGGUUUCCAUUUUCAUUUUCUCUAUUAAUAUAAAAUGAUAAUCAUAUUUGCGAAGGGGAACUGUUCAAAUAAGUUAAUUAAAAAGUUAUCAAGUUCAUGCAUGAUAUAAAAUGAUAAAAAUAUGUAUAUGUAUAUCACACUUUGCCUUUUAAAAAUAUUGAAUAACAAUAAGUGAAUUAAUAGAAAAUAAAAAAUUAACAGGUGACAUAAGCUUAAAACAAUAUAAGUUUACAUUUUUAUCCAAUCCAUUAUCAUUAUUUUCUUAUCGUUCAUUGCAAAUCCUUUCAAAUUUUCCUUCAUUGUUAUUUUUAUUCCAGAAAAGAGAGGAAAAAAAGAAAAAUCCGUUAAACCCGAUAUAUUUCGUCCGUUUAAAAAAAACGCAAUUCGAUCAGAUCCGCAAUUGGAGGACGACGAACACUUGAAAUAUACUGUCCUCGUCACACGUGAAAAGAAGAAAAAUAUGUAUCUCUAUUUUCUCGUAGAUCUAUUCCAAGUGCAACGCCUCCGUAUGAUAAUAUCUAUUUUCCACCCGCGUAAACAUUUCAGGGAGUCUCCUAGACUAUAUUAGCCGUACAUGUACUAUACUUUUUUGCGAAACGAGCUUGCUUGCUCGCAGGGGAAAAAGGAAGAGAAGGAAGAAGAGGGGAAAGAAAGAAGAAGGAGAAUCAAAAGAAGAAAGGGAGUUUGAAUAAUACACGAGGAGGGUAUUUUUGCACGAAGUGAGACAGGGAGCGGGAGGAAGGAAGGGAAAGGUUUGUGUCGUUUCACGGGUCAGCGAGGAGAACGUUUCGGGUCGCUUGAGACCCCAAAAAUAGGAAUUAUAAAAUAAACGAUAAGUCAGUGAUCCGAGCAGUGUCUCGUGAGCAAACACUGUGGACAAUUUUCGCGCGUACGUACACAGUCAAUAAACGUGAGAAAUCGUGAUUCUUUAUUUUUUAUGUGACCCCGUUUGUAAAGUGUUGCUAGCUGUAUCAUAUAACGUUUAUCGUAUACUUACGUAUAUAUGUGUAUACGUACAUAUAUACAAUGUAUAUGUAUAUAUACACACGUAUACACACGUUACAGAUAUACAUAUAUAGUAUAUUAUACAUAUUAUAUAUAUAUGUAUAUUUACAUUACAUUAUAUUUAUAGACGCUUGUACACUGGUGUACGCGUCGCAUAGUUUAUUAUAUUUACGUGUACAAAAGACGAGAAUAAGAAAAUUAAAAAAAAAAAAAAAAUGCGAUACACGAUCGUUUGAUAUAUUGUAAGAGGUUCAGAUGGAGGUGAAGAUACAAUUAAACAUUACCGAAAAACCCGCUGCGUUCAAAUUUAAAAGAAUUAAAAGAGAGAGAGAGAGAGAGAGAGAGAGAGAGAGAGAAAUAUCAAGUAUGUUAACUCACAUCCGUGCGCGUUUUGUGCGAAUUUUGCGAUGCGUUUUGUUGAUGAUGAAUGAGUGAAAGAGCGCGAGGAGAAAGUGAAAAAAAUACGUGUGUACGUGUAAUUUUUCUAGAAUAACAAAGGCCUAACUCCACUUUCUGUCCUCUUAACAGUCCACUAAUAUUCGCGUUCAUUGCACAUCUAACUUAAUCAUAUCUUCCCCUUUCUACAUCACUUUUUUUUAAUAAAUAAUUUUCAUUCCUAUAUAUAUAUGUACACAUAUUAUAUAUAGAUUCAAUAGUUAAAAAUUUGUUUUACAUUCCUUACGUUUGCAUUAGAUUUAAAAGGAAAUUUUUUUGCCCAGUGAUGUUUAAUUUCAAUUGCAUUGUUUUAAAAAUCCCAAAGAUUUUUGUGGCUACGCUGUUUUGCAAAUUUCGAUCAGUCAAAAUUUUUUGCAAUUAUUAGUAUUAAAAUAUUUUAUCAUUUCUUGUAAUCAUACGAUAAAAGAUUAAAGUGGACGUUAAGAGUAAUUAAUCGUCCUUUGCCAUCGAUCCUUUGCUCAAAGGGACGAAUAAGUGGAGGAGGAUCCUCAUUAUCCGCGUACGAGGUGGAUCCUUGUUGACCUAAUUAAUAUUUUAGAAACCUAGUCGUUGUUAAUACUCAGAGCUUCAGAAAAAAAAAAUAGGCAAAAAGAGGAAAAAAAAAAAACACAAAAACAAAAAACUCUAAAUAGAACGAUAUUCGAAUCCCAAGAUCGGAAUUCGUAUCCAAUAUCGGGGCCCAUUAGCCUCGUAUUGAAGACAAUGAAAGUUUAUCGAAUCGAUCCAUAUUGAACACCUCGAAAAUUUAUAAUUCCAAUUAAUUGUUUCAAUUAAUCGAGUGCCCUAUCGAUUCUCCAUUUACAAUCAUACGAGUACGUACAAAAUAAACAAACGAUCAAAAACCAACGUAUAUAAUCAUCAAGCAUUAUACACUUUGAAGAUCUAUCGUUUGUAUCAUCUUUCUUGGACGGAAUCGUUAAUUUCUUUCAAUUGCUCUGUUGUUGUUCGUUGUUCACACACGAAGAGAGACAUUAGAUUAACCAUGUGCAUGUGCAUUACUGAUAUUCAAAUUAUAGAGAGAAACGAAACUGUGUACCGAGAAAAUGCGGGACAAACACAUUCCAACUAGCCAUAUCCGAGACAUAAUCAAGGAAAAUGAAAUUCUUCGAUAAGGAAAUCUUGACGAAUGACGUUCGAUCGAUUUGAACAGAUUUCAUCAGUUAAGAGAAAUACAAUUAAGAGAAAUAUAUAUUAUAUAUAAUAUAUAUAUAAAAAGACAAAAGAUAGAGAUAAAAAUAAAAAAUACUUGGGAUUCGGUGGGAAAGGGUGACUGAUAGAUAAGCAUUUUCGAGAGAAAAUUUAAUUGUCCUUAGGCUAGAUAGGCAAAUCUAAUGCAGGUUUAAAAAGGAAUUUAAGCAAAAAAAGAUUUAGCGCGUCAUUAACAACAACAAUAACAAUAUUUAUUAUUAUGAAAAAAAGUUAUGUUAUACAAAAUAAUGAGUAAUAAUAAUAAUUAAAUAAUAAUUAUUAAUAAUAGCAUUAGCUACCGGUUUAAACCGGUCAGGCCACGUGGUCGACUGUCCUAGGUAGGGUUAAGAUUAGGUGACGUAGAAUUAUCAGUAACAUAAUACGGUAAUACGUCGAUAUUAAAAUGAAAAGAAAUAAUUAGAAGAUCGUAUUUGAAAUAUGUAAUUUUAUUUAAAAACGUGACUGGAUGAUUUUCGUUUGAAUUUUUUUUUUAAAUCUUGUUGAUGCGAAUAUUUAUUUCAAGCGUUAUUUGUAAAAAUUACUUUUAAUCUUCUCUUCGUAUAAAAUAAAUAGAUUUUACCCGAUAACUGUUAUAUAUGAUAUGUAAUUAAAAAUUUAGCGAAUAAGUUCGAUUAUUUGUUCCAUUCUAAAACUUUUUGUACCAUUUGCAUCGAUUUGCAUUUUAAUAAUUUUAAUAAUUUCAGCUAUUAUUUGUUAAAAAUAAAAAUUUCAAAAAUAUUUAAAUAAAUUAUUUCUUACAUAAUUUGAUUUGUUAUUAUUAUUAUGAAAAUUAUUUUGUGUUUUAAAAAAUUAUUUAAAAUAAAAAGGAAAUAUUUAAAAUAAAAACAGAUUGUUUUAAUUUGUUUGAUAUAUCGUUAGGAAUUUACGGUUAUCGAACAAUCGUUGCGGAUUUUACGUCACCAAGAGCAACCAGUAGAGCGAACAGUACAAAGUAACGUGUCCUAGAGCUAAUCGAGAAAGAGAAAAGCGUUCGAGAGCGAGGAUAGCGUAGGUGAUAAAAGAUGUGUUAUAUUUCGUGGAAACGAUAGGAUUAAUAUUUGUUCGUUAAUAAAAACAGAUUUUUGUACGUUGGCGAGCAUGAUUUUACGGAAAAUCGUUGUUGGAUUAUAGAAAAAUAGAAUUAAAUUGGAAUCUAUUUGGAGAAAUUAUAUCGAAAAGUUGUAAUUCUGGUACACCAUUGUGUCUCUCGAUUUCUUAAUGUGAUUUAUAACAUUCAUAAACAAGUUUGUUUCUAGAAUUAAUAUCGAAGAUAAAGUAUUUACAAAAAUUAACGUAUUGUUUGUUAAAAUUGUUAUAUAAAAAUAAACUUAUGCUCCAAUUUGAUUUUCAAUCAAAACCGAGAGACACAUAUGAUACGUGUAGCGAAUGUGGAUCAGAACUAGAAAAAGAGUGAAUAUUAUUAUAAGACGGUCAGGUUAUAAAAAGAGCAUCGUAAAAAAGAGAAAUUUAAACCAAAACGUGUACUUAUUUACAUAUGCAUAUAUAAAUAUACAUACAUAUAUACACAACAGGCCAAAAAUUUAGAAUUACUUUCCUAUAUAUAAAAUCCAAUAUCAAUUUUUUAAUCGUGUUAUUGAAAUUUCUUCUUUACAAUUCUAUUCAAUUUUGAAAUGACAGAAUGCUAAAGUAAAUUUCUUUUUUUUUUUUUUGAUUCUCAAGUUUUUCAUGCAUUCACGUAUUGAUUUCAAAUUUUUGGUCGAAUCGUGUAUAUACGUAUACAAAGCAAAUAAUAUAAAUGUAACGAUGUAAAACAUAUUGCAUAAAUGAUGAUGUUUCAUAUUUUAACAAAAAAAAAAAAAAAUACGAGAGAAAGGAAAGUUUCACGAAUGAUCAAUUCGUGAUUCGAAAUAUUUAUCGUACGUUGAUUAGAAAGAAUUAAGAAAAUGUCCAAGAAGAGGAGAAAUUAGGGAGGUAGAAAAAAGAUAUUUAAGAGACGAUGAAAUUAUAUCGAGAAUAAGAAAUUGUAUUAAUAUACAUGUACAUUGCAUUGCGAAAGAUAUAUACAUUAUGUAAAUUCUAUGUAUAUGUAUAUGAUGCGUGUGUAAUUAAUAAAGUGUUGAUAUAUAUGGUUGACGAUAA